GCUAGAUCUCCACCGACACUCAUCUCCAGCGACUACGUCGUUAGAUAACAUGAUCCACGAUCACUGAACCCGUGUGGAGCGGCCAUAUGUCUCGACAUUGAACGCAAGUCGUGCAUCCAUGCGCACCAUCGACCUUGCCCCAGUCGACGUCACUCCGUUGUUCUCGGAACCCAUCGUGCUCUUCGCCAUCGUCCUCGCUGUCCGCACGACGGGUACGCUUUGACCAGGGCUAUCUGUUUGUUGGGGAAAGUAGAUUUUGAGGUCUGACAAAGCCUCUUGACUCUUUUUUUUGCGCAACAUUCUUGUUCCCCCAGUAUAAGACAACACAAUGACUCGAGAAGAGACGUCGCCACUGUUGGCUCGAUUGCUGAAUGCUGAAUCCGCCUCGGAACAAGUCGCGACCUUACGACUGCUCAAGCAUGAGCUUAUCGGCCAUGACCAGCGAAAGGAAACGUGGAUCCAUUGGGGGAUUAUACCGUUGCUGUCGAGGAUAUUGUUAUCAAGAAGAGGCGGUGGGAAAAAGGCCGCCACAUCGAGUGAGCAGAAUGGAUUGAGGAGACGGACCGAUCUCACGAGGGCCCGAACAGAAGAUGAGGAGGUUUGUUUACAGGCCGUCAUUAUCGUGGGAAGCUUAGCUCAAGGAGGGCCCGCUUUCAUCCCACCUCUUCUAGCAAGCGACAUCUUCCCUUCCAUGCUCUAUAUCCUGUCGUCCCCUGGCUGCCCGCAAUGGCUUGCUCUUCCCAUUCUCAAAACAUUCAACGCUGUUGCAGACCGAUAUAUUCUCCAAAACGUGAACUGGCCACAAGACAAUCACCUCGCCGAUGUCUUGUUUACUCCAGAUUACAUCAGAUGCUUUGCCCAUAUCAUCGCUCAAUCGUCUCCUUCGCAAGCAACAGAAUCAUGCGUCUCCCUUACCUCGAAUCUGAUAGCCAAGCUAUGUACGGAUGAAUCGCACAAAACAGCUUUGGCUGAAUAUGGUGUCUUGGACGCAUUAGCACUAAAAGUUGCUUCGUUUGUCGUUGCUCAAGGAUUUGUUUUGCCAGGCGCAGAGAGCCAUUUGACUGAGGAUGGAUCGCUCGUCUCAUUUCCACCAGCAGCAUCUUCAUCAGCCAAAUUAGCUCCGAUUCUACGCGCGACGGCCGCUAUUGUUGAAAGCUCCAAGUCACGAGCGGAACAUUUCUUAACCUCUCCUUCAAUUGUUGCUGUCUUCCCAGGACGAGUGCCUGAAUUCUCACCAACAGAUAUUAGAAAAAAUCCCUGGGGCAUGCCGUAUCUGUCAGGAGCAGCAGUUCCUCGUCAGAAUCAUGCAAGCCCAAUCGAUGCCAUCCUACCAUCUGUCCCCCAAGCCCAGACCAACGCUCUCACCAACUUUCCGCCGCUUCUUCCCAUGGGCUCAUUUCAUAAACGUUCCUUGUCGUUUUUAGAAACUUCGUCAUCCGACGAGGAAGAAAACGCAAUUGUACCUUGGCUGCUUCAUCUCGUUCGAACAGAAUCUGGUAUGUCGCGAGUUAUGGCCGCUCGUCUUGUGACGGCCCUGUUUCGCCUGGGCUUUGCGAAGAAACGCAGAAUCCCCAUGUUUAGCUAUUUAGUUAUUCCUAUACUGCUCCGCAUGCUAGAGAAGGAUUAUGACUUCAAAACCGAAUCAGAUCCUGAAUAUGACGGCCUAAUUCCGACAGCGCUUCGCUUGAGGGAAGAAGUGACUUUUAUCCUUGCCGCAUCAGUCAUGGAUACCCAAGAAUUGCAAAAGUAUGCAGUUGAAGGAAAGGCUAUCAAAGUGCUCUCUCAAUUGUUGAAAGAAACAUAUAACGCCCACCAAGCCAAUUCCAAAGUCACGUGGUAUGCCGAGACAAAACAAAAAGAUAUGCAUUCAGAAAUAUCACCAGAACUCCAACUAGGGCCGGUGGGAUACAGCCCAAUGACUUGCCAUAUAAUGCGGUAUCGAGAAGGUAUUCUGAGAGCUUUAUCUGCGCUCGCGCUCUUCAGUGAUGAGUACCGCAAGGCAAUCUGUCAGAAUGGAGUUGUUCCAUAUGUUAUAAACUCUCUGAAACCACGGCCUCCUCACCCCAGUCAGGACUCUGCAGAAAUUAAAAAUAGUGCCACAGAUGGAAACCCACUCCCUACAUUACUUGCUGCUUGCGGCACUGCCAGGGCAUUAAGUCGAUCUGUCAGCGUACUUAGAACAAGCCUUAUUGAUGCUGGGGUAGCUGCCCCUCUCCUAGAAUUGAUCAAGCAUCACGAUAUCCAGGUGCAAAUUGCUGCGACUUCGGCGCUAUGCAACCUUGCGCUUGACUUUAGCCCAAUGAAAGAGGCUAUGAUCUCCUCUGACAUCCUGGCUAUUCUUUGUGAGCAUGCGCACUCUACCAAUAUGAAACUUCGUCUAGAGUCGCUGUGGGCUCUCAAGCAUGUUGCAUACAAUUCUGCCAAUGAUAUCAGAAUGAAGAUUCUAACUGGCCUAGACCCGUCGUGGCUUGGGCAAAUAAUGUCCAUGGACCCAACUAUCAAAAGAGAGAACGUGCCAACCUUGGAUAUUGACUCACCAAUGGGCAUGGGAACGUCCAAUUCGGCUGGUGAGAAGGUUGAUCUGCUGAAUCCUGUGAAUGCUGAAAGCAGAGAUGAGGUGAUGGACUCUGCGCCAUCACUCGAUACAGUGUCCCAAACCAUCUUCUUCCCUAACCCAGUGCGAAGAAGGAAAUUGGCAUUGAGUGGAGAACUCACUCAGAAGAGGCAGGCGAGGCAAGAUGAUAUCGCGGUCCAAGAGCAAGUGCUCGAACUAGUCCAAAAUUUUAUGAUCGGGACCGGGUCAUCUGAAAUAGUCGAUCUCCUCCUCCAAGAAAUCGGCGAACAGGGUUUCCUAGGCAUCAUUGCCGACAAAAUCCGACCAAGACCGAUGCCUACCCGACGCGACACAGUAGCUUCUGCCAAUCCACCGGUGCCGACAGAGAUUCUGAAGGCUGUCACUUUCAUGCUCAUCAACUUCGCAGCCGGGCCACCAAAGUAUCGCGAUAUGUUAUUCACGCACCAAAACCUACUCAAGGAUUUAAUGUGGCUCUACGACCAUCCCAACCACAAAAUCCGCACAAACUGUGUCUGGAUUGCCAUCAACCUGACUAUUUCGGACAAUCAGAGCGACCAACAAGGCUGCCGCGAACGGGCCUUAAAACUCAAAGCCCUGGGUAUCGUAGAGCGACUACGCAAUACCGAAAAGGAUCCUGAUUUAGACCUCAAAGAGCGGACGAAAACGGCACUCAACCAGCUUCGCCAAUUAGUAGACUUGUAAAGGUCUUCUUCUCGUGUAGUUGUUAUGAACGUGAGAUGAUAUAUUAAUGUACGUUCAAGGAGUUCACCCACCUGCGAGGAUCGUUGUGAAAAUAUAUUUAGUCUGGUAUUACAUGUAUUAGACAUUUCCUCGAACAUUCGCAUUCGCAGGCGGAUCGACAUUUGAAGGAUUGUAUAACUCUUAAUGGACGAUAGUAUGAAUUGUAUUCUACAUGAACUAUCCGAUGGCUGCUGCAGAAAGAAAUAAUCAAUAGCUUAUUAAGUUCAUACUAACAUCAAUUCAAAUACCCUAAUAGCAUUAUUCGAUCAUUCAAUCAAUUCCAGAUUUGAGUGGGGGGAUAGGCCUGGCGAAGAAUAGAGCUAGCCCCCUUCAUCACGACUCAGUCAACCUAAUUCAACCAGAGGUCGGAAUUUCUUUUACCCCCGGUAUGGAUUACUCAAU